AUGGCUUCUUCAUCGCUGCUUGUAUCACUGGUAGCCGGUGCUGCAGCUGGAACUUCAACUGAUGUUGUAUUCUUUCCAAUUGACACUCUUAAAACUCGUCUACAAGCAGCAGGAGGGUUUUUCGCUAACGGUGGGUACCAUGGGGUUUAUCGCGGUUUGGGAAGUGCAGUAGUUGCUAGCGCUCCAAGUGCAUCCUUAUUCUUUAUUACUUACGAUUCACUCAAGACGUAUACUCGACCAUUCUUCCGCAAAUACAUAAAAUCGAAUGAUGAAUUGGCUGACAUGGUUACGCAUAUGUUUUCGUCAUCAUUCGGAGAAAUUGCGGCAUGUUCGGUAAGAGUACCAGCUGAGGUCAUUAAGCAAAGGACGCAGACACAUCAAAGUGAUACAUCUUGGCAGACACUAUCCAAAUUGCUGAAGAACGAAAAUGGCGAGGGCAUUCGGAGGAACCUUUACAGAGGAUGGUCCACCACCAUUAUGAGAGAGAUCCCAUUUACCUGCAUCCAAUUUCCCUUAUAUGAGUUUCUUAAAAAAAAAUGGGCGUUCGCAGAGAGCCGUGAUCAAGUUGCUCCCUGGCAAGGCGCAUUUUGCGGCUCUUUUGCAGGAGGGAUAGCUGCUGCUGCUACAACACCCUUAGAUGUGAUUAAAACAAGAAUAAUGUUGAGUCAUAAAUCUGUACCAAUUGCUCAAUUGGCCCGUCGUAUCUACGUUGAGGAGGGCGCCAAAGUAUUUUUCAGUGGCAUUGGUCCACGGACUAUGUGGAUUAGUGCUGGAGGUGCCAUUUUCUUGGGUAUGUACGAGACAGUGCACUCGCUUUUAUCAUAA